UUUAUGUUUUUAUGCGUGUUGACGCUGUACACGAAAAAAUAGAAAAUUGAACCAUGCAUUUUUUGGAUGAUUCUUAAAAUUAUGUUGCAGCUAAGCUGAGAAUAUUCCUACUGUCUUGAGUCUGGUAUAAAAUUCCUAUAAUUUGCUUAAAAUGGACAAAGCAAAAUCAUCCAAAGGAGUAAUUAAAGUUCUGAAACAUGAAAAGCAAGUGUCUCUUUCCCCUCCUUUUCAUUCUAUGGAUAAAAAUAAAAACUUUUUCAAAGUAGAAGAAAAUGACUUUCCAUCGCUUUCGGAAGUGCUUAAGAAAAAUCCCAAAUCUGGAAAAGAUUCUUCUUCUUAUAAUGCAUCAUCCUUUACAUAUUCUAGUAAAUUGAAAACCUUGUCAGCAGAAUGUUCCUCACAGUAUGUGAAGUUUGAAAAUUUGCAGUAUUGUGAACCUAAGUUAGAAUUUGUUUCCUCUAAAGCACUAUUAAAAAAUGAAUCCCCAUUAGGCAGAAUGGCUGGUGACAGACACAUGACAAAUGCUGAAACUGUAACAAAAGAAUCAAUAUAUGCUGCGUACAAUGUUGUGCCGACCUCCAAUAAAAAAUCAAAUUCUAAACUAAAUGCAAGUUCCUCUGAGGGUAAAAACAAUAAAUCAGAAUGUUUCAAUCAAUGCACAAAUGCAAAAACACCUUAUGGAAGAAAAUCUGUGAAUGAUAACAGAUCUCCAAAAACUGCUCACAGUGAAUCAAAUACUUUUGAAAAGACCAGGUAUUCACCUAAAAUAACUCGCAAUUUAAACAAUGGCACAACUGCCAAUGCUCAAAGAUUUCCAUUCAGCCAGAGCUUAUCAAACCCAAGGAAGACUAAUUCAGAACAUUCAACUGCAUUAAGAAACAAUGUAAUGAGUAGUAAAGAAAGUGACAGACCUGUUAUUAAUGCACAACACAAAAGGCUUGUUGAAACAAAUAGAUCUUCCUGUUCAAAAACAGGGAUUGCUCAAGAUAUUAGAUUGUCGGAAAGGAAUAUAAUUCAUAGUAAAGCUAGUGGAAGUACUUCUAAUAAAACAAGAAUUCCUAGCAAUCCAGCUAAUCAAAUGGCUUACAGUUCUGUAAAACCUGGAAAUAAUAAGGCUGGGAACCAGUCUUUGAAUGCUCAAUCAUCAUUAAUAGGACCAAGUGAAACAAAGAAAAAAAAGAAGAGAAAGAGUAAGCUAAAACGCCAAGCAGCUUUACAAACUGGUAAAAUUUUAUUUCUUACUCCUGAAGUGCAUUCCAAGAUUGUCAGUCAGUCUAAUAAUAUUUGCCUUCAGAAGAAUCAAAAUAUUUUGACAAAUAUUAAUGACAGCGAAGAAUAUCCAGAACUUGGUUUAGCUGAUUCUAAAACUGUUAAGAAAAGUUAUGCAACAGCAAGUGUUGUGCAUACUAAAGAAGAAAAUCCAACUGAUUUGGUUACAUUUGGAUCUGAAACAACCAAGGAAAACUUGCUGGUUUCCAAAGAUUCUUCAGCAAGUGAUAAUCUUGAAGCUGCAGCUAAACUUGAUGAAAAGCACAAUGAUCCAGUUGAAAAACCAGACGGUGAAAAAUCAUCGAUUCACUCCAAUAAUCCAAUUACUUUAUCUCUUUUUGAUAUGCUUGUUACUGCAAAACCCAGAAAAAAAGAACCUGAGAAGAAAGAUGAAUCAACAGAUGAGAAUAAUGCUUCUGCUAAAAUUUUUAAAAAGGAAAUGAUUAAAAAAAAUAUUUCUCAAGCUGUAAAUCCACUUGCUUCAUCAAAACCUACCAUCAAAAGAGGCAAGGAACGUGAGAAACCUAAAGUCAAGAGACCUUCACGUAUGAGAAAGCUUAUUGUGAUGGAAAAACAAUUAAGAAAAGAGACUGCAGCAAUGAUGACACUUGAAGCUGAAGAUGAAAACCAAGAAAAGUCUGAGGAAGUUUCUCCCAGAAUUCAUGAUAUUAAUGAAUUUUCAGCUGAUGAUAAUCUUGAAACAUAUGUUGAAAAUUUAUUAAAUUAUGUUACAUAUAAUGAAAAGGUUAAUGAGACAUGUGAUAUAUAUGAUGAUGUAAAUAAUAAAACUUCUGAACACUUAGCAUUAAGUUGUGAAGAUGCUGAUUUUCAGUCCAAUUCUAAAAAUCAAAAUGUGAAUGAGCAAUCAAAGCUUAAUAAUGAAAUAUUGAAUAAAGUAUUACUAUCUGUUGAAAACCAUAUGACUGAUUUUAGUAAUUAUACUAAUACUAAUGUUAUAAGUGAUUCUGUUGCUAAUAUUGAAAAUGACUUUGUUGAAAAUACUGGUUCUAAUUCGACAGAUAAUGAAAAGAAAUUUGAGAAAGAUUUAGUAGAUAUUAAUACAGUUGAAGAGUCAAAAGAAACCUGCAGUUCUGCCAUUAGAAACUUCAAUGAAAAAUAUUUAGAAUUAAACAGCAUUAAUGAUCCAUGUUGCAUAGAUGAAAAUCUUACGGAAGAUGGCGAAGAAACAAAAACUGCUUGCCAGAUUCAUAAUUUUUUGAACAGAAUUCAAGAAUCAGAUUGCAAAAUAACUGACAUGACUAAAAAGAUAAUACCUUCUAUUGCUGGUAUUAAUACAGAUGUUGAAUUCAACUCUGAGAAAGGAAAUGAUUCAACAGAAAAAGAACAGUCAAGUGGAAAUUUUGAUUCGUUUGAAAAAGUAGUUUCAGGUAUUUCAUCCAACUCAUUUUCUGAUCAAGAAAGGCUGAAAGCAACAAAACUAAUGCUCCAUUCUCGAAAAUUCCGUCAGUACUGCAAUCAUUUUAUCAGUAAAGAAAUUGAUCAAGCAGUCUAUUCAUUAAUUGAUGAUCUUGCUCGAUUUCAAGACAGAAUGUAUCAAAAAGAUCCUGUAAAGGCAAAAAUUAGACGACGUUUAGUAUAUGGAAUCAAAGAAAUUAAAAAACAUAUGAAACUGAAGAAGGUCAAAUGCAUUAUUAUAGCUACAGACAUUGAAGAUAUUAAAAUUGAAGGAGGUUUAAAUGAUUCUUUGAGAGAACUGAUAUCAUUAGCUGAAGCUUAUCAUAUUCCUUAUGUAUUUUCUCAUCGGAGAUUCAAUUUGGGUAAAGUGUGUCGCAAAUCUGCUCCUGUCAGCUGUGUUGGUAUAUUCAAUUAUGAAGGAUCAGAGAAAAAUUUCAAGAAAAUGCUUGAGCUGCAUGAAGACAGUAAGCAUGAUUAUUUUGAAGUAACAAAAAAAUUAGCUUCAGAAUUAACUGAGGAUCAAGUGAAAGAAUUAUUUGAAGCAGAGAAGGAAUCAGUUCUUUCUCUUCGAGAAGCAAGCCAAAAAAUAUUGAGAGAAAAGGUUUAUUUUACACCAGAAGGAUAUAGAAAUUAUGAAACAUCUGAAUUACUAGAAAAUUCUGCAAGCAUAGAGCCUGAAGAUUCCAUUAGAGUGCCUCCUCAACAAUCUGAAGAUUCUUACUUACAUAUGAAUGAUGAAAAAUCUUCAUCUAUAGAAGAAUGCUCUGAAGGAUUAAAAAAAUUAGAUAGGGAUGAAAAUUUAUUACAACCUAAUGGAACUGAUAUUAAUACUAUUUUGGUAAAAUAUAAAGUUGUAAAAGAAGGUUAAUUAUAUUUGAUACUCAGUAUAUUACUACAAUAUUUUGUAUAACACAUUAUUUAUAUA